CGCAGAACCAUCCCUGGCAGGUGUUGGGGUUCAUCAUAGACCUUGGGUACAUAAGCCCUCGACACUUCGUCCUCGACACUAUAACAGACUCCAGCUACUACAGACAGGAUGAUUUUGCUGUUUUUGCUGUACCUCGCCUGCGGGGUCUUCGCUGCUGAUGUGGUGGACCCUAAGGACUGCACUGCCUUCCCCUGUAUGAUAUUCAGUGAUGACUUCGACUAUUUGGACCACGACGCCUGGGAGCAUGAGAUUACCAUGUCCGGUGGCGGGAAUUGGGAGUUCGAGGUUUACGUGAAUAACAGGAGCGUGAGUUACACCAGAAAUUCAACAUUGUUCAUUAAGCCGGGUCUCACAUCCGAGUGGAAAUCUGAAGAGUUCCUAACUAGUGGUGAUCUCAAUCUGUGGGGAAUGAACGGACGGGGAGACGUGUGCACCGGCAACUCCUACUACGGGUGUAACCGGGUCGGCACCGCCACUAACAUCGUCAACCCCGUCACAAGCGCCAGGCUGAGGACCUUGUCUGACUUUGCCUUCAGGUACGGCCGCAUCGAGAUUCGAGCCAAGAUGCCUAGCGGGGCCUGGUUGUGGCCAGCUAUGUGGUUGUUGCCUAGAAACUGGCCCUAUGGUCUAUGGCCAGCCAGUGGUGAGAUUGAUAUUGUCGAGUCUCGCGGUAACAGUGACUAUGGCACCCUAGGAAACCAGUAUGGAAGCACAACACUCCACUGGGGACCUUAUUGGCAACUAAACAUGUACCAAAAGACUCAUACUAAAUACCAAGCUCCCACUGGAUCCUAUGCUGACAAUUUCCACACAUGGAGAAUGGAUUGGACCAAGGACGACAUGAAGUUCUAUGUGGAUGAUGAGCUCAAGUUGACAGUGGACCCCUUCACUAACUUCUGGGACUUUGGUGGUUUUGGAGACUCCUAUGAUAACCCCUGGGCUGCUGGUGGUAAGAUGGCUCCUUUUGACCAGAAGUUCUACAUUGUCUUGAACUUGGCUGUGGGCGGCACCAAUGGUUUCUUCCCAGAUGAUGUGCCGAGCAACCCACCCAAGCCCUGGAGCAACGUCUCCCCUCAAGCCUUGCUUGACUUCUGGAAUGGACAUUCCUCCUGGUUGCCCACCUGGGAACAAGGUGAAGGACGCAUCAGUGAGAAGGCAGCUCUUCAAGUGGAUUAUGUAAAGGUGUGGAAGAUGGAAAACAUCGACCAAUAACUUGUCUUCCCAAGGUGUUGGUCACACUGGAAUGGUCGGUGGUUGGUGUGCAACAAGUCAGCUGUCACAACAGAGUGGAAAAGUGCGGGAAAUAUGAUACCCAUGAAUGUAGCAUACUGCUGUCUUUUAAACAGUACAGUUCUCUAUUUAGCCACAUUCAAGAGAAGGGAAAAAUUUUACAAGACAAGGUAUCUGACCCUAGAGCAGUGAUUAAGAAGAGAAAUGUUAUGUUUUCAUUGAUGCACACUCAUGAUCAGCCAGGAUUGUUUAACACUUGUAAAUAACUGACAAUCAUUGAAAGUACAGUAUAUGUAAACAAGACUGUUGCAAGCAAUCUCAUUUCCCAUCAGUUUUGAAUAUAUUUUAUCUCAAUAUAUCAAAAUUUGGAGGGUGAAAAAGUUUUUAUAAUAGGGACUGUCACAGGGCAGGUACCCCCUCCCGAUGAGUUGGUCCAGUGAUCCUGAUAGGAAACCCAUUCCACUGGGACUGCCUUUGGGUCUGUAGGCAUCUCUGAAUAAUCACACAUGACGGUACUCCCGAUCGAUCGAGUGGUGUAACGACUAUGAAUACGGCCCUUACAGUAAUUUGAGAACAAAGUGAAACAUGCAUAAAAAAAUAUAUAUAUACCUGUAUAUAUAUAUAUAUAUAUAUAUAUAUAUAUAUAUAUAUAUAUAUAUAUAUAUAUAUAUAUAUAUAUAUAUAUAUAUAUAUAUAUAUAUAUAUAUAUAUAUAUAUAUAUAUAUUCUGAGGUGUAUGGGAGAGGGAAAGACUAGGGAAGAAUGGGCUGAAAAUUGCAAACAAAGAGAAAGGGGAACAACAUGCAAGAAGCAUCAGUAUUUGUGAAGAACCAGAAAGGUGUUCUAAUGACAACUGUAAUUUUUACAAGGUUUAGUUGGCAAUAAAAAGUGUGCAAAUUUUCAUUUAUCAUGAAAACCUGUCCAUCACCCAUAAGCACACAUCUGAAAUAUACCAGUACAAUAUACAUAUACAUAGAAUUAACAUAUGUUAUGAAGUCAAUAAAUGAAAGAUGGCUUCUCCACAACACCUUUACUGAAACACAACUGUACAUAUAAUACAUAAAUUAUGAUACAUACCAGAGUAAGUAAUGCUUACAAUAACCACAACUUAUGAGCACCUGGAAUGUUCUAUAAUUCUUACUUAAGUUUGACACUCAUAAACUAUGAAAUUUACUCUUUAAUAUCACCCACAACACUUCCACAAUAUCAUUAGUAGUACGUAUAUCAGACUGCUCUAUUUACAAUGACUUAAAUAUAUUGCAUUGUUUAAGUUAAAUAGACAUACUGUACUGGGCAAAGACAACAUGCAGGAAAAGGUUAAGAAUUAUACAUCCUUUUAAGAAUUACAGGACAUAUCUAUAAACUAUUACAUCCACACAUUUAUUCAAUCAUUGUUUCUGGGUAUAUAACUACGUAUACACUUUACUUGCUAUCUAUAGAUAUUGUGCGAUGAUUUCAGCGCCAAAGUUCAAGUAUCUUUCAUUUACCUUAUGACUUAAUUUUGAGGAAAUAAAUAGUAUAAUGCAGAAGAUAGUCACAUAUGAUUACUCAUUACCUUCAGCGAAAUAUGUGGGUUCUUAAACUUAUACAGUAUGUUCUUGAAUAUCCACAAUUAACACUUAUGCUUACCAUAUUCCUUUUACCAAUCUCUUCGGCAAACGGAUUAGCUCCUUCAUAUUUUAUAGAUGAUAAAGUAAAAGUAAAUUUCAUCACUCAAAGAAAAAAUACUGCCAACAUUUACUUCUGGACUUAAUCUACCCAUAUAAGUGACCCCAGUUUACACCAGCACCCUACAAAUUUUCAUUAUUACAUUUUAUGUAAAUGCACUAAACAUCUUAUGAAUGUUUUUAAAUAUUUUUCACAAGCAUGUACUGUAGGUCACUAGAUAUACAUAAUAUCUCGUGGACUUUAAAGGUAUUUUAGAUAUAACUGUAUAUAUAUUCCAUAUCAACAAUAAACAGUCAUACUUAAAAAGGAAA